AUGGAAAGUCCAGGUGUAAGCGAUGAAGAAGAAUUUUUUGACGCAUUCGAAACAACUGAACAGAUGAGAUCAAGCUCAUCAAGUGCUGAAUCUCAAUGAUUCAAAUUUUCAGAUGUACUGAGUCAUACAGGCUCAGAAGGCAAUCAAUCUGAAAAUUCUCAUAAUCCUUUUUACGAUUCCACUCCCCGUAUUUCUCUUUCCGAUUUUUCAUCACCUCGUAUAUCUCUAUCAGAAUAUUCAACAUACAACUCAACGUCUCAUAAAGAGCCAGAUUUAUUACCGAACCCAUCAAUUAGAAAUAUUAUAAAAAAGCAGCAUAAGGACUUCUUCGAGUUCGCAGAAUCUGAAAAAAUCCAAGUAAUUGAUAUUGAUGAGAACAUUCACAAUAAAAUAUGGAUAUUAAAAUUUAGCCCAGAUGGCAGAUUUUUAGCAGUUGGAGGAGAAAAUCCAGAUAUCAAGCUUUAUGAAGUUUCAAAACAAAGACCGUAUGGACCACAAAAUUUAUUUUGUGAAAUCCCUUAUAAUGUAAUGAAAGGGCAUAAUCGGAUGGUUUUAGAUAUUUCAUGGGCAAGAGGCUCGGGAUUUUUUCUGUCAGCAGGAGAAGAUUGGAAUGUCUUUAUUUGGGGUAUUGGAGACUCCCGACCACUUUUACAAUUUAAGCACCCUGAAGCUGUAACGUGUGCUUGUUUUCAUCCAGUUAAUGCAAAUUAUUUCCUGACGGGUUGUAACGACAAGACUAUCAGGGUCUGAAAUAUCCCUAGCUAUGCACUUAUAAGCUCAACUAAAACUCCUGAGUUAAUUACUGCAGGAGCUUUUACUCCAAAUGGAGAUUUAAUCCUUAUUGGAUGCUUACAUGGCCAAGUCCUUAUGUAUGAGCCUUGCAUUGAAAUGAAUUUACUUACACAGAUUAACUGCAAAAAUAGCUGAGGCAGAAAAAAAGCUGGGCGAAAAGUAACCGGCUUUGAUUUUCUGGAUGAUGAGCAAGUGUUGAUAGCAACUAAUGACUCAAGGAUGAGGCUUUAUAACUUAAAAGAUUUCACACUUAAGCAAAAAUACAAAGGUUUUGUCAAUGAGAAAUUUCCUUUAAAACCGAAUUUUUCGCAUAUAGAGAAUUCCCUAAAAUCGCCUGAUUAGGGUAGGUGUCUCUGCAGAUGUUUUGACCAAUUUUAGCUGGUCAAUCAACUGGAUAGUUACCUCUCCAAUCACUUGCCCUUACUGAGCGAUCCUACAGAAAUCCCUAUAAUUUAAUUCAUGUUAUAUCAGGCUCAGAAAAUGGAAAUAUUUAUCUUUGGAACACUUAUUGCACAUGAGCCCCGAAAAUUAAUCCUAUUUUCUCAAGAAAAAAGAACUUUAAAAACUACAGUUAUGAAUAUUUUCCAGUAUCCAAAAACAAGUCAUUUUGCUCUGCAGCUUUUGCGCCUGAUAAAAUUGUUAAAGAUGUUCAGAAUCGAAAUAAGAGAGCAAGAAGUGAUAGCAUAGUUACUCAUAUAAUGGUAGUUGCGUGUGAAGGAAAGUUGCAAGUGUUUUACAAUAAAUUUAGGAUUGCAGGAAUGUAA